AUGUUUAUGUAUAUAUAUGAGAUGCCUGGUGACUCUGGUCAGACUGCUAAACUUCCCUUUUCAGAAUCAUCCAUUUCAGAACCACCAGUCGUUUCAGAGAAGGCAUCUGCCACUAUGAUGACUGGGGGGUUAUCUGACACCAAGGCUGCUACUCCAGAAAUCCAGCAGAUUGUUAACCAGGUGAAGCCACAAUUUGAAAGCAAGGAAAACAGGAACUGUGCCAUGUUUAGAGCCAUAGCAUACAGGACUCAAGUGGUUGCUGGGACAAUCUACUUUAUUAAGGUCCAAGUUUCUGAUGGCACAUAUGCCCACUUAAAGGUGUUUCAGAGUCUUCCUCAUGAGAACCAAGGUCCCAGCCUUGUCAGUUUUCAGACUGGCAAAACCAGAGAUGAUCCCCUGACCUACUUCUGAGAGUCGAUGAGAAACUGUGCCUC